GUAUCUUGUUGUCAUAUAUAUUGCUCUUAUCAUAAGCUUUUUGUGCUCAUAAACUCAAUCAUUCUCAGAACACAAACACAAACACAUCAUCAUGGGACUGGUUAUGAGUUACAUGGGAGGCACAGGAGUUGAGGUUGCAAACAAGGGGAUGACUAUGAUAACAGGAACACUCUAUGAUAGGGUUAUUGAAAAGAGAGAAAUUAAAAACUUUGAUGACUUCCACGCUGCCAUUCUUGAUAUCUUCAAUGCAAUCAACAUGGCUUUGCCUGGUAAGCAUUAUGAUGCACCACCACAUGAUGAUAUAAAAAAGCAGAAAUAUUAUUACAAUGGAUGGAGUGGUGAAUCUGAUGAAGAUAAAAGGAAGGAAGCUUUCAAGAAAUUCAUGAAUGAGAACGUGAAUCUGAGCAAAGCAGAUGAAUCGAUGAUGAUCACCGGAAUAGUGGCUCCACCAGUUGCCAUGGUGGUUAAGAAAACUGGACAGACAGUGCCUCAACUGAGUGUGAUUAAAGCCAUUCCUGAUGUUGCUUUUGUUCCUGGAGCUACCAUUUUGGCUCUCAUUGCCAUUAAACUCACCAAAAGAAUGGCUUUCAAGAAUAUCCCUUCCAUUGAUCAAAAACAAAAUGCCCUUUAGCUUUUCCUUUUCAUAUGCAUCUGCAUAUCAUUCAUCAAUGCAAAUAUUUCUCACAUUCA